ACCUAAGCAAGCGCUCCCUAUCAUCAUCAUCAUCAUCAUCGCUCCCUCAUCCUCCCAGAGCUCCGUGGAAAGAAACACUGACUGCUUCAACAUGGAUCUGAUGAAUUUUCUCCUUUUUCUAGGAAUCUCAGCCUGCACAAUUCAAGUUUCUCAUCAAGGUCCAAGCCAGCGAAAACUGUACAGUGACCUGAUGACUGCUUACAACCCGCUGGAGAGACCAGUUUUCAACGAUUCUCAAAGCCUCACGGUUUACUUUGGCCUCAGCCUCAUGCAGAUCAUGGAUGUGGAUGAGAAGAACCAGGUUCUAACAACCAACAUCUGGCUUCAGCUGUACUGGAAUGACUAUUACCUCCAGUGGAAUCCAUUGGACUAUCCAGGUGUGACCAAUGUGAGAUUUCCAGACCAUCUCAUCUGGAAGCCCGACAUUCUGCUGUACAACAGUGCAGAUGAAAGGUUUGAUGCAACAUUUCACACCAACAUUUUGGUCAACUCCUCUGGUGCUUGUUCUUAUCUUCCUCCAGGUAUCUUUAAGAGCACCUGCUACAUCGAUGUCCGUUGGUUCCCUUUUGAUGUCCAGAGAUGUGACCUGAAGUUUGGCUCCUGGACAUAUGGAGGCUGGUCCCUGGACCUAAAGAUGGUGGAGGCAGACAUCACUGGCUACAUUGCCAAUGGAGAGUGGGACCUUGUUGAGGUUCCAGGUCGAAGAAACGAGCGUUUUUACGAAUGCUGCGAUGAGCCCUACCCGGACAUUACCUUCACUGUGGUGAUGAGAAGACGAACCCUCUACUACGGCCUUAAUCUGCUCAUCCCGUGCGUCCUGAUCUCCACUCUAGCUCUGCUCGUCUUCCUCCUGCCUGCCGACUCUGGGGAAAAGAUCUCACUGGGCAUUACGGUUCUGCUCUCCCUCACUGUCUUUAUGCUGCUGGUUGCAGAGAUUAUGCCUGCCACAUCAGACUCGGUGCCUUUAAUAGCUGAGUACUUUGCCACUACCAUGGUCAUUGUUGGUCUCUCUGUGAUUGCCACUGUUUUGGUUCUGCAAUAUCACCACCAUGACCCUGAUGGAGGCAAGAUGCCAAAAUGGACCCGUGUGAUCCUGCUGAAUUGGUGUGCCUGGUUUCUGCGCAUGAGGCGCCCCGGUGAGGAUCGAGUGCGCUCAGCCUGCCACAACAAGACCCGACGGAGCAGCCUGACCAGCAUGGACCUCAACGCCAGCAGCUCUGUCUCCCAGUCUACAAACGGCCACAUGCUCUAUGUGGGCGUCCGUGGCCUGGAGAGCAUCCACUGCUCCACGGCUGCCACCUCUCCUGACUCUGGAGUCCUAUGCGGGCGGCUGAUUGGACGCACCGGUGAGGACGAGUUGCUCCUCCCAUCGAGUCAGAGCUCCAACACGGGUUACAUGGAGCUGGAGCUGGCAAAGAUCCUGGAUGAGGUGCGUUACAUCGCCAAACGGUUCCGUGACCAAGACGAGGAUGAGACAGUGUGCAACGAGUGGAAGUUUGCAGCAUCUGUCAUUGACAGGCUUUGUCUCAUGGCUUUCUCAGUCUUCACCAUCCUCUGCACCAUUGGGAUCCUCAUGUCGGCACCCAAUUUUGUAGAAGCCAUUUCCAAAGACUUUUUCACAUGAGGCUGAUACGGUGAAACUGUAAAGGAAAAAAGCUGGCAUCAAUAUCUACUCUAUAGUUAUGAUAAUCUUCUGCAUUUUAUGUAACACCGCCCCACACUUUGAAGAAAAUAAUCUCUGUUAUCCCUUUGUACCGUCUGAUAAUAAAUCAAAUUAGUAUCCCCAGUGUUAUUUGCAACGAAUGCAACUUUGCUUUUCUGUGUGACUUCUUCCUAGUGAUAUAUACAUACAUAUAAACAGUUGCAGUUCUAUGUUACAGACUAGACAUAUCACUGAUUUCAUCUAUACAUGCUAAAUAAUUAACUUGUAUCUGUAGUAAAUAGAAAACCCAGAGCCAUGGGCUCUGCAUGCUGUGUUCAGUCAGUGAGACCAAGUAUUGAACAUGAUGCUAGCCGUUUUUCCAGUGUUAUAUUGUCAUUAAACUGUCACAAGUACAGAGCAUUCUCUGCAUUUAACCAAUCCAUUUGGGGAGCAGUGUGGGGUCUUUCUCAGGGACAGUUGCAGUCUGUGGGAGUGGGGUUUGAACUCAGAACCUCAGGAUCCAAAGCUCUAUGCCCUAACCACUAGGUUGCCACUCCUCCAAAGCAGGCUUCCUGUUUGCAGGACGGGUGAGUUACCACUUGAAUUAGACAUCCGCUUAACAAUUUCUACAUUCAUCUUUGAAAACAGGUGGAUUUAGAAGGGGAUGGUGUAAAAAGAAGAGCAGAGAGCAACAGACUGCUCUGUUUAAGUUGUUUGGUCUGUUGUUAACUGCUAAUACUUUAAAGUUGUUGUAGAAAUGGGAAAAUAUAAGUCCAAAGGAUCAAAGAUUAGUCAAAAUAGCAACGAAAAGGCCAGGGAGAAGCUCAUAAGGUCUACAGUUCCUUUGUGAGUACUGAAUAAGCACAAAUAUGCUAGAAAAACUAAAUGACUUUCCUAACAAAUAAUGUUCCAAUGUAUUUAGAACAGAUAAGACCAACAUCGUUCUGUUUGGGUUCAGAACAAGGCUCCUAUAUACGGUUUGUCAGAUAAACUUGAGCAUGGUGGGUUAGGUGCUUCAUAAAAGCAGAGACCCCAACAAACCAGAUUAAUGUUAUGUAAUAGACUGCCCAUGGUUUGGACUUUAAUUAAACAGAAAACAUCAGGUUUUAGAUCAUACAUCCUGUUUCUGAGAAUGAAAAUAAGCAAAGCAUUACAAUUAUCAAAGAUGGGGAAAGCGUCCUGGGUUAAAAUAAAAAGAAGUUCAAAACAGCGGCUGAACGGCUGCAUGUUAGUUCAUAGAUUUUCAGCAAAGCUGUAUCUUCAACCAUUUUCAGUGUCAAAUACUCAAAUUCAUGAAUAAAAAUGAAAGUCCUAUUUUACUAAACAACAUAAUAUUCUUUCCCCUUACUUUCUAUAGACUGAGAAAAUAUUUGAUUAGGAUUUUUUUUUAACUUUGAUUUGAAGCAACAUUUUGAUAGCAUUUCUGAUGUAGUAGUGUGUCCAAAAUAAAGGGUUUUAUGAGAA